AUGAAAGGGCUUAACAUCACCCACCUCAGAUUCCUCCUCCUCCUCAUAAUCAGCCUUCAACUCACUGAAUCAGCUUCAAACUCAUCCUCAGAUAUUGGUAAUCUCAAAAGAUUUCUUAGGUCUAAUUUGGAUAUAGAUGGGUACGCCAAGGCAUAUGCUCGAGGCAUCAACAGCCGUUGGCAAACAGCUAACAGAGGCAAGGUUGAGUUCUUUAGCCUUGCGAGUCUGUGGGAGCAGUAUGCUGAAUGUAGUUCCUAUGGUCUCGGUAUUCCUAUCCAUCUAAAGAAUGGGGAGCCUGCAAUCCAAUACUAUACUCCGUACCUCUCAGCAAUUCAACUCUACACAACAAACCCCAUUGCCACAUCCAGUGACUCAGUGGUCUCUGGUUUUGGCCAUGAGGGUUUAAGGCCACAAAGAGAGGGGAAUGGGCAUUUAUACUUGGAGUUUAUCGACGGCUCUAGUCCAUAUGACAGGUUGCCGCUCUUUAGCAAGAUACUCGAGAUUGCCAAGGUGUAUCCGGGGCUGUUAAAUUUUAGGAGUGCUGACAUUUCGCCUCCUAGCUGGAUGUCAGUUGCCUGGUACCCGAUUUAUCAAAUACCUCCACAAAGAAAUGCACGGGAGUCUUCAACAUGCUUCCUGACUUAUCACAGUCUCUCCACUAAAUUCGAAGAUUUCCCCCAAAAAAUUGAAAAGCAGAACCCUUCCAAAUCUGGAAGGAACGGUCCAAGGUACAAGAAAGUCAGCAGAGAAAUCUCAAUUCCAUCUUUUGGGCUUGCUUCGUUGAAAAUGCAAGGGAGUCCCUGGGAAAUUCCCACAAGUGAAGAUCAUAAUAAGUUCGUUAAUCUCUACAACGCUGCAGAAUCUUGGCUUAAGCAAAUGGGAGUUCAACACCAUGACUUUAUUUUCUUCAGGAAUCGCUCUUCGGGGAUAUUAGACAUGUCUAGCACUCAGUUCUGUUCAACACCUUAGAAUUUCGAGUUUAUGAAGAGACUAUUGAAUAUAUAUUAGAACAUAAUAACAGUUAAUUGUAAGGUUUGCAGUACUUGUAGUUUAUAGAAAGUGCCGGUUCAAGUAAAGUCUUGGCUGCUGGUGUUUGGUAAAAUCUUGGCAUUUUCUGUAACCGCAUCUUAUAGAACUCAAUUUCAAGUAUUAUUUUCUGAUGAAA